CCCACUCGCAUCAGCCACCAUUGUCUCUCAGACUCUCGAGUACUCAGCACAUCUCUCACAUCCUGUCACGCGAGAUGAGCGCGGAGGAGACCAACGUGGAGCUCCAGGAGCCCGCCGACGCAGGCGCUCCGCAGAGGGAUGGAGUCGAGCCCCGGCAGGUCGCCGCGGAUGCUGACGCCACCGAGGCCGACGUGAGCGAGGCGGACCUGGACCAAGAGGAGCAGGAGAAGCAGCCGAUGACCGGCGGGGAGAGCCGGACCGAGGACGCUGCUCCAGUCGCGGCCGGCGUUGAGAUGGAGAAGAACGGAGCCGUGAAGCUCAAGAUGCCAGAAGAGAUGGAGGAGGUGAAGUUCACCGGCCUGAGCAAGGAAGAGCUGCUGAAGGUGGCGGGCACGCCCUGCUGGGUUCGGACCCGCUGGGCUCUGCUGGUGGUCUUCUGGCUGGGCUGGCUGGGGAUGCUGGUGGGAGCCGUCCUCAUCAUCCUGCAGGCUCCACGCUGCAAGGACCUCCCUGCCACCAGCUGGUGGAACGAAGGGCCGCUCUACCAGAUCGGAGACGUGAGGGCGUUCAGCGAGAAGGGCAACCUGAAGGGUGUGCAGGAGAGGAUCCAACAACUGUCGCAGCUGAAGGUCAAAGGGCUGGUGCUCGGCCCGAUCCACGUGGCCCCGCCGGAUGAUGUCAUGGGUCUGAGCUUCGAGGACGUGUCCGACAGUGCUGGAAACCUGGAGCAGUUCAAGAGUCUCAUCCAGGCGGCGCAUAAGAAAGGUAUUUCUGUGGUUCUGGAUCUGACUCCAAACUACCAGGGAUCAUCAGGACCCUGGUUCUCCAACGACUCUGUGACAAACGUGGCUGAGAGACUGAAGUCGGCGCUGGUGUUCUGGCUGAACGAGGGCGUGGAUGGCGUGCAGCUGUCAGGAGUGGAGCAUGUGUCCACUGCGGUGCCAUUGUUGUGGACCGACAUCCGAGCCAUCCUUCAGAACCGCACUGACAAGCGAGUCCUGAUCGGCGUCACCGACCGGAGCUGGGCCGAGCAGGUGUCCGACCUGCUCACCUCCUCUGGUGUCGACCUGCUGUUGUCAGCAGUCCUUCAGCCCAUUAGGGACGCCACGCAGGCAGCCCAGUCCAUUACAAGCUUGUCCUCCUCCCAGAAUCAGUCCCAGCUAGCCUGGAGCCUGGGCGGGCCUCGCGACGGGCACCUGGUGUCUCUAGUGAGCUCCUCUCUGGUCCGGCUGUACCAGCUGAUGCUCUUCACACUGCCUGGGACUCCUGUCUUCAAAUAUGGAGAUGAGAUCGGCCUGGUGGACCAGGGCACAAAGUUUCCCAGAAUGCUUUGGGACUCUGACAGUGAGCUGAAUGGAACAUUGCAGGGAGAACGAGAGGAGCGACUGUCUCUGCGCUCUUUUUUCCGCGACCUGAGCGAACUCCGUGGAAAAGAACGCUCCCUGCUCUUCGGAAACUUUGCGCUGCUGUUCAACUCCACAACGGCGCUGGCGUACGUCCGUGUGUGGGACCAGAACACCCGCUACGUGGCUGCCUUCAACUGGGAUGACGACGCGGUGGUGCUGCAGCUGCAGGGGCCUCUACUGCCCCCGCAGGCGAGCGUCGUCGUCGCGACCAACGCCACCUUGCUGCCGGCGGAGUCGCCAGUGGACCUGGGGAGUCUCCAGCUGGGCCCCGGGCAGGCCGCGCUCCUCAAGUUUCCCUACAGCGGCUAGAGCACAACAGUGGUAGCUUUGUGUCGUGAACAAAAACAUAUAGAAAAUGUGUUGAUUCAAAUAAAGAAAUGCAGCUUG